GUGCGGCUUUGUGAACAUCGCUCAGGUAUUAGGCAGCAUGACAGGCCUCGACAUAACCGCAGUGGCAAGCUGCUACAAUUUGAUAGAGAAAUGCAUGAGUUGUUCGGCGAAGCGAUACGCACGUAAGGGCAUACAUAUUCAUUCCGGUUUCUGUUAGGUUCUGGAGCAACGAUGUGCAUACCGUGGUGCGGCGGGAGGAGAGAGGUUUGGAGAAGGGUGGUCAUGGCGGAGACUGGCACCGUCGUCGUCUCCGACUCGGGCGACUUCGAGUCAAUCGACGUGUACAAGCCCCAGGAUGCCACGACCAACCCCUCGCUCAUUCUCGCAGCGGCGGGCAAGCCGGGUUACGCCCAUCUCGUCGACGCUGCCGUGAAGUUCGGCAAGGAGAAGGGUGGUGACCUCGAGAAUCAGACGAACGCGGCGAUGGACCGCCUGCUCGUUGAGUUCGGCAAGGAGAUCCUCAAGAUCAUUCCCGGCCGUGUCUCGACCGAGGUCGACGCCCGCCUGUCAUUCGACAAGGAGGGCACGAAGAAGAAGGCUAAGGAGCUCAUCGCACUCUACGAGUCGGUCGGCAUCAAGCGCGAGCGUAUCCUGAUCAAGAUUGCCUCGACUUGGGAGGGUAUCCAGGCCGCGCGCGAGCUCGAGCGUGACGACGGCAUCCACUGCAACCUCACCCUUCUCUUCGGCUUCGGCCAGGCAGUGGCCUGCGCUGAGGCGGGCGUCACGCUCAUCUCGCCCUUCGUCGGCCGUAUUCUUGACUGGUACAACAAGAACCAGCCGGGUAAGGACUACGCGGGCGAUAACGACCCAGGUGUCCAGUCCGUGAAGAAGAUCUUCAACUACUACAAGCAGCACCACUACAAGACGAUCGUCAUGGGCGCAUCCUUCCGCAACACAGGCGAAAUUAAGGCGCUCGCGGGCGUCGACUUCCUCACCAUCGCGCCCAAGCUCCUCGAGGAGCUGAAGAACGAGACCACGCCCGUGCCCAAGAAGCUCGACUCCCACGCCGCCGCGCAGGGCCAGCCCAUCGAGAAGGUCACCUUCGUCGACAACGAGGCCGAGUUCCGCUGGACGCUCCUCGAGGACCAGAUGGCCUUCGACAAGCUCCACGAGGGUAUCAGGGGGUUCGCCAAGGACGGCCAGACGCUCAAGAAUAUCCUCCGCGAGAAGCUCACAGCUUGAGUGUGUUGGGGAAUGCAUACGGGGUGCGAAGCAGAGGCAGCAGAAGCAUGUAACGAUGUAUAAAAUAGAGUCGGAAGCAUAGAUCU